CGUUGUUGCGCCAAGACUUGUCUCCUUUAGCUGGCUGACCCAUCAUCAUGUUCAGAGCCGCCGUCCGUCUUUCAGUGUCCGGUGCCCGGAGUUUGACCUGGACACGGCUUGGGUGUACAGCUCCCCUGGCUCAGAGGUGUUACUCACAUGGUGGGAAGCAGGAGACGGACGACGAGUUUGAUGCCCGCUGGGUUAACUAUUUUAACAAGGCGGAUAUUGAUGCAUGGGAGCUGAGGAAAGGGAUGAACACGCUGAUUGGAUACGACCUGGUACCUGAGCCAAAGAUCCUGGACGCUGCCCUCCGAGCCUGCCGCAGGUUAGACGACCUGGCUAGUGCCAUCCGCAUCCUGGAGGCUGUCAAGGACAAAUCUGGCCCCCACAAAGACAUCUACCCGUACCUAAUUCAGGAGCUGCGGCCAACAGUAGAUGAGCUUGGUAUCUCCACACCUGAAGAGCUUGGCAUGGACAAAUUAUAAAUGGGUAGGUAUCGAAUGGACAUGCAGUGACCGGCAACCUGAAUUCCAGAUGAACCUCGACGUAGAGGUCUUCUCGGGUCUAAAAAUUAAACGAGGACAACCAGACCUCGACCCAAUUUGGACCAGAGUGACGAAAAUAAAUUGUUUAUCAGCUAAGUUGCUCUUCUGGUUAACAAAUAGGUAUUCAUAUGUUGGCUGGGCCUUCUAUAAGUCAAUAAAUGCACCUUUAUUAGCAUAAAAUAAAUAUGCUAUAGGUUAUGCAGAGCUGUGGUCGAGUCCACUCGGGUCUAUCAGCUGUAGUUACAUAGAUCUGAUGACAAUCAAACAGGACCCGGAUCUGAGAGCAAACGGUAGAAUUGUGGACCUGUGAAGACCUUUAACCCCCCCCCCCCCCCCCAGCACCUACAGUCCUACACCCUGGGCAGUCUGUAGACCUGAGAUGAUUGGAUAGGUGUAAGCAAUGUGGUGGUAGCUUCAUCUUCGAUUGGCCGGGUGGAAAUGCCCAGCGGGUUAGUGCUAUUGUUAUAGCACCCCCAAUUGUUUUUAACCAAUGUCAUCAUUUCCUCAAAGUUUGUUGAAUAGCCUAUCAGUAUUGAAACGCAUCCUCCAAUUGCAACGUCUGCCUUUGCCCACACAUUGUCUUUAAUACCCUCAAAACACUAAGUUCAGCAUAGGCUACCUCAUUUCAAAAUCAGCCAUAAUCAAUGCCAGCGUUGAAUGUUUGGACUUUUUUUUUUACCGGUGAAACGUCCAAACUACAUCUCCUAUGCCAAUCGGUUUGGUGAGCGAGUUAGAGGAGACGGUGUUAACAAACUGUUAGCCUUCCAUGUAUUUUGUUUCAAUCAAAGCAUAUAUUCUGCCUAGUGGCUCUGAGUUUUGGCGCAGAAGAAGAAUGCCACCUCAGCUAACCAUCCUAAAAUAUAAUCUCAUUAGAAAUUAAUGUUUGUUGUCUAACAGUAACGUUAUAAGCCUACUAUACUAUGCUAUUAUAUUCGGUUAUGUUCUGUAAAAUACCAAUUUAAUAAUUAUGUGAUCUUGUAAGACAUUGAUUGAGCUUUGAUCUAACUUUACUAAACGAUCCCCAUUGUGAGAAGUGAUGACCUUCCAUUUUGUAAUAAUAAUAAUAAUAGUGAUGAGUAGGACUAUUAGAUUUAGGUAACAGGCCUUGAUGAGAUGUCAUGACUUUCGCUUGAAAAACGAGAAAAAAGUGGCAAUAGUACUGUUUGUCCAUUUUGAGACGCCGUAGCCAGUAUAGACGUUUCUCAAAAUAGUCAGAAUUAAUUUAAGAUUACUCAAGAAAUCGGUCAUUAAUUUAGAAGUUUUUGCCGACGAGAUCUUAGUCGCGCAAUUUUACAAUUAAGAUGUUUGGUGCAGUAUUUUUUCAAGAAAAAAUGUAUGAACACUCUCGUUGAAUGACGACAGACUUUAUUGAAGAAUCCCUACUGUUGACCAAUCAGCCUCCCGAGUGGUGCAGCGGUCUAACAUGCCAACCAGACCGCGUGCAUGUUGAUAUUGUCCCCCCCCCCACACACACACCAGAUGCGAUCAGGACACGCAGGUUGAAUUAUCAAAACAAACUCUGAACCAAUUAUAUUAAUUUGGGGAACAGGGUGAAAAGCAUUAAACACUUAUGGCAAUUUAGCUAGGUCCGGUACAGAGUCAAUGUGCGGGGGCACCGGUGUCGAGGUAAUUGAGAUAAUAUGUACAUAGUUAUUAAAGUGCUCAUGCAUAGAUAUUAACAGAGUAGCAGCAGUGUAGUGGGGGGGCAAUGUGAAUAGUCUGGGAAGCCAUUUGAUUAGACGUUCAGGGGUCUUAUGGCUUGGGGGUA